AUGGCGCUCCUACCUCGGCGGUUUCUGUUCGGGGUUUGCGCCGUAGCGCUGGCGAUCGGCCUCGCGAACGCUGUGCACGGCGAGGCGGCGCCGGUCGUGGUCGGCCUGGCCAGGUGCUCGGACUGCACAAGGAAGAGCAUGAAUGCCGAGGCCGCUUUCAAAGGUCUCCAGGUUGCUGUCAAGUGUAAGAACGGCAAGGGCGAGUACCAGAGCAAGGCCGUGGGGCAUGUGGACAAGUCCGGCGCCUUCAGCGUCCCCCUGGACGCCGGCCUCGUCGGCGACGACGGCGAGCUGAAGCAGGACUGCUUCGCGCAGCUCCACAGCGCGUCUGGCGCGCCGUGCCCCGGGCAGGAGCCCUCCAAGAUCGUCGCGACACGGCCCGGCCGCGACGGCCAGACGACCUUCGUCGCGCUCGCCGGCGAGGUGCACCAACCGUCGGCUGAAUGCGCCUCAGCGUUCCUGUGCCAUCCUCUGCACAAGCACCACCUGGUCGUCUUCCACAAGCCCGUGACUGUCCCUCCCAAGCCCGACCAUGACCAUGACCACGACCAUGAUCAUGACCAUGACAACGACCAUGAUCACGACCAUGACCACGACCAUGGCCACGAUCAUGAUCACGACCAUGGCCACGAUCAUGACCAUGACCACGAUCACUCGCUCCCGCCUGCAGUCAAGCCGCCAACGACGCCGGUGUACACGCCGACGGCGCCAACCCCGACGCCGAUCUACCACCCCCGGGCCCAGCGUGACGCCGUCACUGAGCCACAACUCUUCAAGAAGAUGCUCCCGUUCCUCAAGAAGCUGCCGUUCUUUCCUCCUGCCAAGCAGAGCGGCGGCAAGCUGUAG